AUGGCACAAAUAAACGCGGGUGCAGCUGCAUACAAACCCUUUACCCUGCGUAUCUACGACACGGUGGUUCUCGGACUCAGCAAUAAAUAUAUAUGGCGCUGUCCAACAAAAAACGUCCUCCUCCCAUUCUUCCAAGCAAACACUGGACAUAACCACAUGGACAUUGGAGUCGGGACUGGCUAUUUCCCAGCAUCCAUCACAAAGAGCCAUCCAAAGAUAUUACAGAAUAUCACACUGGUGGAUCUGAACCCGAAUACCCUCACCUUCGCUGCCAAUCGCAUCAACCGACCAGACACCACCUGCAUAAAUACAGAUGUCUUACGUCCUUUUACAAUUCCAGCACAGCCUCGAUUCGACUCUAUCUCGAUGAUUCUACUUCUUCAUUGUCUUUCUGGAACUACGAAAGAAAAAGGCCGUGUAUUCGCCAAUGUGAAAGAGCAUCUCAAGGAUGAUGGAGUGCUGUUCGGGGCUACGGUCCUAGGCAAUGGUGUGCGUCACAGCUUGGUUACAAGACAUAUACUGCGGCUGUACAAUCAAAAGGGCAUUUUCCAUAACCACGAGGACGAUGAAGAUGGGUUUAUGAAGUCUCUUGAACAGGAGUUUGGGAGGGUCGAGGGUCAUGUCGUUGGGAGUGUGCUAUUGUUUCGAGCGUGGCAGCCAAAGAGGUGA